AACCUCUAGCAUCGAAGAUAAACACCCCUACGAGGUGUGAACCCAGCUGUCACAGUAACAACAGGACUGUAAAAAAAAAAAAAAAAAAAGGCACGAAGGAGUCGUUGAUACAGCGAGGGUCAACAUGUCCGAGACAUACGACUUCCUGUUUAAGUUCCUGGUGAUUGGCAGCGCUGGGACGGGGAAAUCCUGCCUCCUCCACCAGUUCAUUGAGAACAAGUUUAAACAAGACUCCAACCACACUAUCGGCGUUGAGUUUGGGUCCAGAGUGGUCAAUGUUGGUGGGAAGACGGUGAAGCUGCAGAUCUGGGACACUGCUGGGCAGGAGCGUUUUCGUUCAGUGACACGCAGUUAUUACAGAGGAGCAGCUGGAGCCCUGCUUGUCUAUGAUAUCACCAGUCGGGAAACAUAUAACACCCUAACCAACUGGCUGACAGAUGCACGGACUCUGGCCAGCCCUAAUAUUGUUAUUAUCCUGUGUGGCAACAAGAAAGACCUGGAUGCAGACCGAGAGGUGACCUUCCUGGAAGCCUCACGCUUUGCUCAGGAGAACGAGCUGAUGUUUAUGGAGACAAGUGCUCUGACGGGGGAGAAUGUGGAGGAGGGUUUCCUCAAGUGUGCUCGCACCAUCCUCAACAAGAUAGAGUCAGGUGAGUUGGACCCGGAGAGGAUGGGAUCAGGUAUACAGUAUGGAGAUGCUUCGUUGAGGCAGCUGCGACAGCCGAGGGGCACCACCACACAGAAUAAGCAGCAGUGUAAUUGCUAGGGAUUGAGGGGCCACACCCUCACCUCAGCCAACAGGCCCACACAGACAGGACGCCCCCUUCAGCUCCAGGUGUUUUUUGGUGUGUGGGACCCUUCUCUCUGCAGUCUCACAGACCUCUGAUCACCUGGAGGAGUGAUCCCGGAGAUCACCACAACCCUGUUGCCCUUGCGUUUGGGCAGGGAAGCCCCUCAGUGCAAACAUGCUGGGAUCGAUUAAGAAGAGGGAUGUUCUUCUUUUAAAAAAAAAAAAAAAUGCUUUCUCAGUUAUUUACCAGACAAGGAGGGUUGUGUGUAUGGGCUGUCCUGCUGUUUUGUUUUUAUUUCUGUGCUUUUUCAUUCUGAUUUUAGUUACCCUGACAUGCUUUCUUCAUUUGCACAUCAAUGUUUUUAAAUUAUUUUUGCACUUACUCAUCAUUUAAGUACUCAAGGGGUCCCCUUAAAACAAAGACAACCGUCGCAAUCUUUGGUUUUAAACUGUUGUACAUAUAUUGUGAGCCUGAUUCAAUGCAAGUCUUUGCAAAUAUUUCUCAAGCUAUUCAAUCCAAAUGGAAUCAGUUAAUCUGAUAUUUAAAGUAUACUUAAAACUCUGAAAGUUCCACAAGCCUAAAUCUAGAGCCCCGUUCUUUUCCUCACUCAGAAAUGUGUGUUAUAUUGAGUCAUUUGACUUUUUGGUGAGCAUUUAAUUGCACUAUUCAGACAUAGGCUGUUGGCCUUAGUAAUAUACUUAAUUAUGUGGAUUUACAGUAUAUUAUUCCAAGUUACCGUGUGUCUAUACUGUCUAAUCACUCCAUUUAACACCUACAUAUACGUAUUAGCCUGUGGGCCCAGUUGAAAGCACAAAAAAAUGAGAUAAAGCUCUUUUAUAUAACUCCAAAGUUCCACAGUCUGUAGAUUCAUGUUCUCAGAUUCAGUUCUCAGUGUCUCCGGUCCUGCCUCAGUGAAAGGUUAAGAAAUGCCCAUCAAUGUUUGCAAACCUAAAAUGCCUGUGACUCCUCCUGCUGGGCUUUUUCUCCAUAUUCUCGACCUCCCCUUGAAUUCAUGCCACACAUUCUGUAUGAGGGAUGUCACAGGAAACCACAGCUGAUUUUGCCUCAGAGCCAAGUUUGGGAAACUUUCAUUCAGCCCACCAUGUUCCCUCAAAGAGUCUUUACACUGUUUGAUCAUGCAAGAUUGUAAAAGCACCUUGAUCUAUUUGUAGAGAACAGAAUGUCUGCACGGCUAAACUGUCACUGAGUUUCCCCAGAUGUUUUCUCCUUAGAACAGAACCCUGUGUUUGCCCCAAGAGAGAAACAGGGAAUUUCCAAUGAAACAUGGUUUCCACUUUCCGUGUUACACCGACAGCAUGGUUUGUGGUGCCUCUGGAGGAGAGAGCUGAUGGCUUUCAAAACAUCCCGAAACUCUCCUGCUUUCCGAACUGCUGAGUGCAGGACGUGCUGACCCAGUCGGGAGGAGAUAAAAAAAUAAAAAAACUACCGGCAACGCUUCCUUCAUACAGUAUAUCUUCAAUUCAAGUGUUCACAUAUGUCCUCCCAGAGAAACUGUGCGUUUUAAGCCAGCAAAUGUUUGGGGGAAAAACAUGUUGAGUUGUGCAAGCAUGAGAAAAGUGCAGGAUACCAAGAGACGGAUGGUCAAAAAAAAAAAAAAGUAGUUUUCAUUCAAUAUUGGCAUCGUAUGAUAAUUUGUCUCCUUCUGCAAGUGCACUUUUACUUUUGGAUUUUCAUGUUUUGUUUGUUUAUAUGCUGCAACUAUAGAAUUGUACAUUUUAUUUUACUUGAACAGUAUACUGUAAUAAAGAUUUUAAUUGUA